GAUAAUAGUUCACUAUCAAAUAGUUUAUUUGAUUUUCUCCAUUUAAUCACAGUGGAGCUGUAAGAUACAACGAUCGUAAUAAAGGUUUUUGGUAUUCUGAAAAGGACAAAUAUGAUUUUAAUCAAAAUUCAUUCGGCGGUUCAAUAGGUCUGUGAUGGACUGGUGUCCCGUCCAGGGUGUGCACCGCCUUGCGCCCGGCACUGAGUUGGAAGAAACGAUGAGAAAAUAGACGGUGGAUAAGGUUGAAAUUUGGGGAUCAAUCGGUCUUCUGCAGAUUUACUGUCACGGGUAUCAGAACAAAAACGCCUUUAAAUAAAAACUUCGAAGAAGGCUGGCUUUUCUGAUCGACUGUAAUAACACGGCUGUUACUAGUCGGGGGACUGGUGUGUCCUGUUAACACUGAACUUGGCAGCUAUCGCUUUCACUGUGAUAGCGAACGAGCUUCCCUCGCAGAUCGGAGCCGCGUGGAAACUCUCCGGCCCAGUUCUCCGGAAAAUCACGCGUCCCCCGCGUGUCCGGCUGCUCACCCGUUUACUCAAAUGUCAUCGAGCCCCGCGCGGUCUUAUUUCGCCCGAAAUCACAUAUCACGUCAGGAAAUAAUAAAAAAAAAAGAGCUCGGAAACUUCAUUCUGGGACAGCAGCGUGUCGCAAGCGGCUGCGGUUUCCAGAUUCAGCCCGCGCUUUGUUAUUUAGCGGGGUCUGGCGGCCCGGCCUUCCUCGGAGGCGUCACUGCUGGCCUCAAGAGAGGCUUGUUUUCACAACGCUGCCUCUUACCGCUCAGUGACCUAAAUCCAAUCUCCCCUUUCUCCGCACAACUGUCUCUUUUUGGAUUGCGCCCACACGCUUGUUGCUUUUUUACCUCGCCGGUUCUCUGUGACCAAAAGCCGAAAGCGGCCACGGGGCGUGUUUUUCGUGUACAGGUGCUCAUUUGCCUCGGCGUCCGUCUGCACGACCACAACGGAGCAUCGUUUUAAAGCUACUUGUCGCUCUGUGAUAGAGAACGCCGCCUUUACCUCUGUGGCGAUUUCCUUCGUCUUCUGGUCUCCAGGCAACGGGCGCUGUGGGCAGAGACGCGAGCGCCCGGCCGACCUGUUGGACUCGCUGGUGGGGGGAGCGCGCUCAGCUCGGGCGACCUCAGCGCGCGGCUCCCCGGCUGCUGCAGGACCCCGCCAUGCGCGAGCCCCGGCGCGGACUCCUCCUCGCCUGCAUCCUGGCGCUCGGGGCUGCUCCGGCAAUAGGCCCGGUGGUAUUCCAGUACCCUCGGCUGGUCAGAGUGGAGGAGGGGGGCGUGGCCGCUCUGGCCUGUGACGUGACGGGCAUGUCCGGCGGCUGCUACACCGUCUGGUGGCUGCAAGUGAGAAGCGGGGGCGCGCUCAGGCCUUACCCCAACAAAGACGGCGAGGCGCGCUCCCGGGACGGCCGCGGGGGCGCGGUCUGCUUCCUCAACAUCACCGGCGCCGCGUCCUCCGACUCCGGCACCUUCUACUGCGCCUUCAGCUCCGGCGAACUGGUCUAUUUCGGGAAUGGGUCGUCGUUGAUCGUAACGGGGCGACCCCCGGCUCCCCUCUCCAUGGCUGUGCUCGCGCCCCCCGGCCCCGAGCCGCCGCCUGCAGCCCCAGCGCUCCUGCUGUGUCUGGUGUUCGGCGCGGACCCCGAGCGGGUCCGGCUGUACUGGCGGGUGUCCGGGCGGAUCGAGCCGGGCUUCACGGAGCCCCCCGCAUUUCCCGACCGCGGGAAAGACGGCGCUCCGGGAUCCGUCAAGAACCUGCUCACCGUCCCGGCCCAGACCUGGCGCAGCGGAGUUCCGAUCACCUGCGUGGUGGAGACAGGAAGCGGAAGUAACAUGAGCAAAACGGUCCGCGCGGGCGGACCCGGACACUGCCCGGCCCUGACCGCGGCUCUCGCGGGCGCCUCGGCCCUCCUCGCGCUGACCUGGACCGUCCUCGCGGCGUGCGCUGUCCACAGAAGACUCGGGUCAGGCAAGAGGCGAGCGGUCUCUGCCCGGAGCACGGCCCAGCACGGAGCGUCACAGGUCGAGGAGGCGGUGCAGUACGCCAGCCUGCAGUUCGAGCCGCGCGGCCGGAGGAAGUGAAGAAGGCACUCAGCCACGCUCGACGUCCUGCAGGUUUUUUUGGAACGUGACAGGGCACGGUGCUCCAUCACCAGCGAGCUGUAAUUACGGGGCUGAGGCCAGAAGGGGGCACUGUUCUCAUUUUUUUAUACCAAGCCUGCGCUCCAUGUUUCCUGAUCGUAGGAGACGACAGUUUCUGAAGGCGGAAUUUGUAUUUGAAUAAAUGCCCGAUCCGGUGCCUCUUUGCCUUAUUAUAGGGGCUGUUUACUUUUCUCCUCGUUGAAAGGCAACCAGUACGUUUCCUGUCUCUUUUUAAAUCGUGCACAGUCUCAGGCCGUGGAGAAAGAAUCUGCAGAGGUACAUCUUAAAGAGAUGGAGUACAUCUGCCAGAUACCAGACCCUAAGCAGGACACUGGUACUGAUUCAGGCAGCACUGUUACAGGACAGCAAUGCACCUGGUGGUGAUCAUGUUCCCAGUGCUCAGUUUGUGUCUGACAUGUAGACCGGUGCAAUAAUCACUCCCUUUUCCCUCCAGUGCUUGCAUUUGUACGGAAUCUCUCGCAUUCAAAGCAGUUUCAUGUCAAAACAGCUGCUGCAGCUGCCCUAGAACCACAGCCUAAUGCUUGGUGUCCAAAAGUAUGGUAUAUGUAUAAAGUUAGGCAGACUGUAAUGUCUCUGGUGAGGUUACACUGUGUGCUGUGAUUCAGGGAGGUGUUGAUUGUGUUUUGGUCAAUAUGAGCAUCACUGCUGAAAAGAUGCCCUGUUACAUGAGUUAUUGUGGCUGUCUACUAUGAAAUGAAACAUUGCUGGAGGUUUUAUUACAGCUCCAUCACAAUAACCAGCCUUCAGGUGGGGGUGGUGGGAGUGAGAGCUGAGCCUGUUUCCAUGCUGUGUUUUGCACGAAGUGUGAUUGGUUCCCAUCAUGCCUGGACUGCAGGAAGGACUCCUUAUCAACGUUGAAACCAGGCGGCUCUGCAGCAGCGAUGAGUGAUGUCAUCCCCUCCAGCCGCGGUGGGGACCAGAUGUUCCCAGCUGUUGGGGUGACUUUGCAAGAAGGCAGAAAUUCAAAGAAAGCACUCGUUCAUUCAGUUUGGACGCGCCGGCCGUGUUCGCUGAUCCUAUCUCGAGAUACCAGACAGCCCUCCUUUUGUUUUCACUCAACUGAAGUUUGAAAAUGAAAUGACGUGUGCUAGAAAAUACUCUGAAUUGGAAAACUGACAAAAUUCGUUGAUCUGAAGAAUCCUUUAACGGUUGCAGUAUCCUUUUUUUUAAUCAUUGUUUAGCUCGUUUUUCAAAACAGAACAAAAAUAAAAUGGUUUUCCCUUUUCCCAUUUUUUAGAAAAAGGAAGAGUAAUGACCACUGAUGGAGGAGAGGUGCUAUAAUAAUUGUAUACGAGUGUAGUUGGAAUACAGCUGGAACCCAUCUAUCAUGGCUGCUGUUUGAAACAGAGGAGGAAACGUUAAUAAAUCACACUGAUGUCUGGGAUUACUUAAUUUUCCACAAGGACGGACAACUGUUUUAACUGCCGAGAUGUUUCCCCUUCUCUCAAACGUAAGGUCCUCGGUCUUUCCCUUUUCGAGAGCGUUGGAGAAACAUGGCCCGGAGAAGGAUCUGGGUCUGUUGGAUGAGGAAACAAACACUGCAAACCCCCCCCUUCACACACACACACCUAACACACACACACUCACUUAAAAUAUUGGCAGCUUCGCUAUGACCUCAUCCUCUCGAAAAACAAAUGUUCCAUGACCUCCGGCGUCGAGUCGUAAAUCUUCCCCUUUCAGGAGGAGGGAGAGAGAGCAGGGAAGCUUUUCUUUCCAGACUUUGAAAUCAAGUCAGGCGAUGAUUUAUGUGCGCGAGGCCAUGUUGCCUGCGAGGGGGGGGGAAUGGGAUUCAGAGUGACGUCACUCUCCUGUUUGGUUCUCUGGAACCAAACCGGGGGCCCGAGAUGUCAGGAAAGCCACUGAUCCUGCUGUUUCACUUCAGUCAUCAUGUUGGUGUCAAGCAGAAGGGGUCUUCCAGCAGCUGCAAGCAGGUCAGUCCUCCUGUGGCAACGUAAACAGCAACGCUGCCGUGUUCAUUAAGAGCACCCUUUGACCUCACCAUUCGGAAUGAAAGAAGCUGUUUCUCUGGCGUCUGGAGAAAGAGAGACCACAGACAACAAGUGCAGCAGCGCUCCGAAAGACAGUACAGGUCUUACUCCUGGAAUUAAGACAUGAGCUAAUUAAGUCAUUAGCUAAUUGGUGAAUGUGGAACAACAACCCAGCCAGGCCCAGCCACCUUAGGGGAGAGGAUCACUAUGGCUGAGGAAAAAUGAGCCUCAUCACUUAAAACAUGCAAUUCACAGUAUCAAUAUAUCUAGAA